AGCAGUGGGCGUGGUCAAGGGCUAGCUCGAGAAGGCGAGGAGUGGUCGGAACCUUCUUCCCCAUCCUUCUCUUCCCCUUCCCCUACGGGGAAAGGUUGAGACCCCGUACGCAGGCUGCGCCGCGGCCCCCGUGGCCUCAGCUACAGCCAGGUCCCGCGUCCGGAGAAGCCAGGCCGCGUCCCGUGCGUUGUCUGAGAAAGGCUUCUGCCUCGUAGCCUCUGCUGACCUUGAGUUCACAGUGACCUUCCCAACUCAGCCUCCCAGGUGUUGGGAUUGCAGAGCGCUCCUGAUUGUGACAUCACACCCACCCCUGGGCCAUGAAACUUGUCUCUAGGAAGAAAGACUCAGUUGGAGAAUAGCCAACAAGAUGGGAUACUCGGAGUGUCUCCUGAGUGGCACCGAGCAGAGGCAUCAGGGGCUUGGAACCUUGUGAACAGGGAACCUGCCCCCACCACUUAGAAGGACCUGGGUUUCAGUGAUGAGACAUGGGGUAUGAUGUAACCCGGUUCCAGGGGGACGUUGACGAGGACCUCAUCUGCCCUAUUUGCAGUGGAGUCUUGGAGGAGCCAGUACAGGCGCCUCAUUGUGAGCAUGCCUUCUGCAACGCCUGCAUCACCCAAUGGUUCUCUCAGCAGCAGACGUGUCCGGUAGACCGUAGCGUUGUCACGGUUGCCCACCUGCGCCCAGUACCUCGGAUCAUGCGGAACAUGUUGUCAAAGCUACAGAUUGCCUGUGACAACGCUGUGUUUGGCUGCAGUGCUGUUGUCAGGCUUGACAACCUCAUGUCCCACCUCAGUGACUGUGAGCACAACCCGAAGCGGCCUGUGACCUGUGAGCAGGGCUGUGGCCUGGAGAUGCCCAAAGAUGAGCUGCCAAACCACAAUUGCAUUAAGCACCUGCGCUCCGUGGUCCAGCAGCAGCAGACGCGCAUCGCAGAGCUGGAGAAGACAUCUGCUGAACACAAGCACCAGCUGGCAGAGCAGAAGCGAGACAUUCAGUUGCUGAAGGCGUAUAUGCGAGCCAUCCGCAGUGUCAACCCCAACCUUCAGAACCUGGAGGAGACAAUCGAGUACAACGAGAUCCUUGAGUGGGUGAACUCCCUACAGCCGGCAAGAGUGACGCGCUGGGGGGGGAUGAUCUCCACUCCUGACGCUGUGCUGCAGGCUGUAAUCAAGCGCUCCCUCGUGGAAAGUGGCUGCCCAGCUUCUAUCGUCAACGAGCUGAUCGAAAAUGCCCAUGAACGCAGCUGGCCCCAGGGUCUGGCCACACUAGAGACACGACAGAUGAACCGGCGCUACUAUGAGAACUACGUGGCCAAGCGCAUCCCUGGCAAGCAGGCUGUGGUGGUGAUGGCCUGCGAGAACCAGCACAUGGGUGACGACAUGGUGCAGGAGCCGGGGCUGGUCAUGAUCUUUGCACAUGGUGUGGAGGAGAUUUAAGAGCGGGACUGGCUAUGAGGAAGAGAUAGAGUGGGAACCCAUGGCCGCUCCAGCAGCUGAGCCCUGACCUCCCCACACACAACCCUGUGCCACGGCUUGUACCGGAGCCUCGCACUCCCUGCUUCUGGCAUGAAGGACCUUGGGGCACUUAGCUCAGCCUUUCAGCGGGGAACCCAAAUUCCUGCCUUUUGCUAUAUUCCUUCCCCCACAAUGUCUGUAAAUUUUCAGUCAGGGUGGAGAAAUCCCCACUUCUGUAUUUGCUGACUAAGAUCCCUGGUUCCCAAAUAUUUUCAGAAAGCACAAAGACAUUUGUUUUCCCUAGAGGGUCAGGGUGGAGUGAGGCAUUUCUAAUUGUCCCUCUCUUCCAAAACCAGGGGAUCCAAGCAGGCAGGCUUGCUGGCUCCAAGCAGCAUUGAGAGAGCAGCUCUGACAUCCAGCAGAAGGGCUAACAGUGUGACCAAAGCACCUCUAACUAGUGAGGCCAGGACUUGGUCCUCACUAACAGCCCUUGGGGAAGACCUUUGUGCCGAGCACAUCCCUGUCCAGCCCCUGUGACUGUGCAGGCCUUGCUGGGUGUGCAGGGAAGGAAGAGGGUAGGCAUGAGAGAGCGAGAGCAUUGGUGUUCACGCACUCAGCAGGAAAGCUGUCUGGCCCUGCUGGACAAGGAUGCCACUGCCCCUUGAGGCGCGUCUAUGUUGCCUCGUAGGCCCCUCUUCAGUCCUGUGAUUGUAGUUGGCUGGAUUUCCUUUGGUGUUUGUUUAUAUUCCCCAAGUCUCAAACCUCAUCUGUUACCCAGUCUUGUUUUUAUAGAAUGGACUGGCUGUGUCUGUCCUCCGAUCCAGCCCAGCCACAUUGUUGGCAAUUUAAUUUAUUUACUUUUUUUUUUUUUUUAAGAAAGGAGAAAAGAAAAAAAAAAAUGAAGAAAACUUAAAACCUUU